AUGGAAAUGAGUAAGAGCGGGGGCGAAUCGUCGCUGGGUGCGGGGGCCUCAGCCGACGAUGUGGCAAAGUUUUUGUUUGACUUGUCCGUUCUUUGCCAAUCGACGAACGUGUUGCCAAACCCGAUCACCACUCUGCAACUUCGCCUGGUGGGACCACAAGGCGGGCUCAAUUAUGCGCUAGACCAUUACACGGCCCACGACGCCCCUUACAAGUUCGACCAUCCGCAUGUCCUCGACAACUACCGCUUGGGCCAUAUACGCGCAGAUGGUGCAGCGAUGGGUCUGAACCUGCGCAGCUGUCAAGUCACCGACAAGGUCGAAUUCGAAUCCCGGAUGCACCGCUUCGCGCAAGAGCGCAUGAACAACGCGAAUUCGACGCUGGGCUCGAUUGACAUGCAGCGAGCUAUUGCGCAGUUCAAUGGCGUCCCAACUCUCUCGCCGGCUCUGAAACAAUUGGCUAUCAACAAUCGUGCCGCUGAUGAUCAUGCCACGACCACCUACACCGGCACGGCCUCCCGUCGAAGCGUCGACAAGGACUCUUCCGGCAGCACGGACUCGAAGCCGAAGCAACGAAAUCGCCGGACUCUGCGCGCUAAA